AUGACGAACAGUAUGGAAGCCAAGAUUGUCGUGUUGGGCAGUCAAGGUGUGGGGAAGACGUCCCUAGUCCACCGCUACGUCAGAAAUGCGUUCACACCACCCUCUACACAGUCCACGAUAGGCGCUUCCUUUCUGACCAAAAGAGUGCUGGACAUCGACACACACACUGUUGUGCGUCUGCAGAUAUGGGACACGGCUGGACAGGAGAGAUUCAGGUCUAUCUCCAAACUCUACUACAGAGGCGCAAACGCUGCUGUAUUGUGCUAUGACAUCACAGACACGCACUCCUUUGACGAAAUGGGCCGCUGGAUGAAAGAGCUCAAGACCAAUCUCGGGGACGAUAUCAUAAUUCAUGUUGUAGGCACCAAAUCGGAUAUUGUCACCGAAGACCCCCCGAAGCGUAAAGUGCCGUUCGAGCGCUGUAUAUCGUACGUUGCCGAAAAUCUCUAUCCCACACAGAGCAAGGAGGUACAGAGCGGGAGGACGACUGGUUGGGGCUCUGCACCGGCAGCCGUCCAAAGCGGCGCUAUGUCUCCGCAGAGCAACCGAUCAAGUGGGUUCUGGGCGCAGGAUAUAGGUUGGGAUUGUUGCCACGAGAUAAGCGCGAAGGACGGGGAGGGUGUUGAUGAGGUGUUCCGCGUCAUCACGCGGAAACUGGUUGAACAACAGCAACGAAAGAUCGACGAAGAGCAUAGACAACUUGCGAUGGCGGGAGUCACACCUGGGAUUGACAAUAGUCGCAACCAGAACGGAUACUUCGAUUACCCUGGAAACGGGAAUGGGAGCUUCAGAUUGGGUGCGGGAGACAAGAGGCGGAGCUGGCUCGGCUUUCCUGCCACACCAAACGCUGCUGGCCAUCAACAAGAAUGGGAGGAGAAUAUCGAUCGGGUACAGAAGAGCAAGAGUGGGAGAUGCUGCUGA